AGAGAGAGACAAGGGAGAGAGAGGGAGGUGCUGCAUCAGCCCGGCACACGCAGGACGCAGCAACACCAACAGCCUCGGCUUAGAGGUCUAUUGUUCCCUGUUUCCCCCUCGCUGGCCUAGCCACCACAUAGAGAGAGAGAGAAAGAAGGGAGGAGAGGAGAACCAUUCAUUUACCCAGGAUUACUUCUUCUUAGAGGAGGGACGGAGCAGGGAGCAGAGUACACUUCUCCUCCACUGUGUCUGAGUGCUCCCUCAGUGUGUGUCUCCGUGUGUGUUGCCUUCUCCACUCUUUUUCCAUUUGGUUAUCUUUCGUUGUGUGGAUACUAUCACCGUGGUCCCACUGUGAAGGCCAUGGGGUUGCCUGGCGGAGUGAAGGGGACACUGGGUGUGUGGAGGGGGUUACUCCCCUCUCUCUGGAGGCUAGCGCUGGUCCUCUUCUGGAUCUCUGGAGCCACGGAGGCACAAACUGCAGACGACACCAAACCAACUGUCUACGUCUGGCAAACAGGUCCAUGGGGCCGGUGUAUGGGCAGCGAGUGUGGCCCAGGGGGCAGCCAGAGCCGGGCAGUGUGGUGCGCCCACUCUGAAGGCUGGACUACCCUUCAUACCAACUGUGAACAGGCCGAGCGCCCAGAGAACCAGCAGAGCUGCUUCCACGUUUGUGACUGGCACAAGGACCUGUAUGACUGGCAGCUGGGUGCCUGGAAUCAGUGCGUGCCUGUGUCUAUGCGUAGCACCGGGGUGAUCCAACGGCCAGCUGUGUGUCUCCACGGCGAGGAGGGCAUCCAGACACGCGAGGUGGGCUGCGUCCAGAAAGCGGAUGGCGUGCCAGCGGAGGAUGUGGCAAUUUGUGAAUACUUUGAGCCCAAGCCCAGGCUGGAGCAGGCCUGUCUGAUCCCGUGCCCACGGGACUGCGUGGUCUCCCAGUUCACCCCAUGGACUUCCUGUUCAAAAACGUGUGGCACAGGUCUUCAGAAUCGUGUCCGUUUUGUCCUGGCGCCGCCCAUGUUCCGGGGUUCGGCCUGCCCUAACCUGACAGAGUUCCAGACUUGUCAGCCAGGUCCCUGCGUGGGACCAGAGAGCCUCUAUAGUCUAAGGGUGGGAUCCUGGGGUCCCUGCUCUGUACCCCUCCCUCGCAUGGCCAGGCAGGCUCCAACUCUUAGUCAAGGUAAAGAUGUGGCUGUCCCUCGUCGGCUACGCAAAGACAGAGAGGGUAAAGAAGGUAAAGAGGCCAAAGAGGGCAGCGUGGGGCCCACCCCACGCCAGCCUCGUCUGAGUAAAGAAGAAAGGAUGAAAAGAAAGGAGGAAAGAAAGGAGGGAAGAAAAGGCAGACAGGCAGCCAAAGAAGGGCGCAGGAAAAACAAGGAAACAUUCAAGGAGCGGGUGAGAGAGCGGACGAGGGUGAGGGGGAGGGGGAGGGUGAAAUACCCAGAGACCAAGGAGCUGAUCAAAAAUAAGAGGAACAGGAACAGACAGAACCGACAGGGAGGGAAGUUCUGGGACCUGCAGGUUGGAUACCAGACCCGGGAGGUGACCUGUGUUCACAGGAGCGGCAACGCUGAUGCACUCAGCCUGUGUUCUCAGGAGUCCCUACCAGUGACCUACCAGGCCUGCGUCCUGACCAAGGACUGUGAGGUGAGCGACUGGACCGAUUGGUCGCCCUGCUCCAAGGACUGCUACGAGCUCAACGGGCCCACGGGCGAACACACACGCACACGCCGGGUACACCUGCUCCCCGUGGGAGGAGGGGCAGAGUGCCCCGAACUGGAGGAGAAGGAACCAUGUACCCCUCAGGGAGAAGGGGUACCCCCCUGCAUCGUGUACAACUGGAAGACAACAGAGUGGACUGAGUGCAGGGUGGACAUGUUGCUAAGCCAACAGGACCGUCGUCGUGGUAACCUAACGGGGCUGUGUGGAGGCGGAAUCCAGAACCGUGAGGUGUACUGUGUCCAGGCAACCAGCGUUGACCCCACUUCCAGCGCUCUCAAGAGCAAAGAAGCCUCCAGGCCCGUUGAUGGUGACCUGUGCCUCAGCCCGCCCCCCAACACCACCCAGCUGUGCCACAUCCCCUGUCCUGUGGAGUGUGACCUGUCCUCCUGGAGUGCCUGGGGACCCUGCACCUUCGAGAACUGCCUGGACACAGCUGCCAAGAGAGGGUUCAAACUGAGGAAGAGGAUAGUCAUCAAUGAGCCGACAGGAGGAACAGGAAGCUGCCCUCACCUGGUGGAGGCCAUACCAUGUGACGAACCCAGUUGCUAUGAUUGGUUGCUUGUGAAGCUGGAGGAGUGUAUCCCAGACAACGAGAGAGAGUGCGGACCGGGCACCCAUAUACCACAAGUGCAGUGUGUUAACAGUGAUGGUAAGUAUGUGGACCGCCAACUGUGCCGUGAUGCCAUCCUGCCCAUGCCUGUCAUCUGUGAGGUGCCUUGCCCCAAGGACUGUGUCCUCAGUCCCUGGGCCUUCUGGUCCCUGUGCUCACACACCUGCUCCGGGAAGAACACAGAGGGAAGGCAGAUGAGAGCCCGCUCAGUACUGGCCUACAACGCAGGGGAAGGCGGGGUCCAGUGCCCCAACAGCAUUGCUCUCCAGGAGGUGCGGAGCUGCAAUGACCACCCUUGUACUGUGUACCACUGGCAGACAGGGCCCUGGGGACAGUGUAUCGAGGACACGUCGGUCCCCCCUGCCAACUCCACAGCGGCCGGGGCCAGGACCGGGUUCGGGGUCAGGGGAGGGGACUCCUCCUGCUCUGUGGGGAUGCAGACACGGAAGGUCAUCUGUGUCCGGGUCAAUGUAGGACAGGUGCCUCCCAAAAAGUGUCCGGAGAGUUUUCGUCCUGAGACGGUCAGGCCCUGCCUCCUGCCAUGUAAAAGAGACUGCAGCGUCACCCCCUACAGCGACUGGAGCGUCUGCCCUGCCACAUGUAAAGCAGGUGGCAACACGAAAAGGAAACAGAACAGGAAACGCAUCAUCAUCCAGCUGCCGGCCAACGGGGGACAGGACUGCCCGGAGGUGUUGACUCAGGAGAGAGACUGUGAGGCGCCGUCUGUCUGUUUGGGAUACAGGUGGAAGACACACAAGUGGAGGCGAUGCCAGUUGGUUCCCUGGUCCGUUCGUCAGGACAGUCCUGGAGCUGUGGAGACCUGUGGGCCUGGAUUGCAGGCUAGAGCUGUCUCAUGCUGGAAGCAGGAUGGGGGUCAAGCGGACAUGGGAGCAUGUCUGAAGUUUGCCAGCUCCAUGCCCUCUCUAACCCAGCUUUGCCAGCUCCCAUGCCAGGAUGACUGCCAGCUAACCGCCUGGUCCAAGUUCUCUUCCUGUACACAGGACUGUGUGGGCGUCAAGACCCGCAAGAGGAUGCUAGUGGGGAAGAGCAAAAAGCGAGACCAGUGUAAGAACAACCAGGUGUACCCCCUCAGUGAGAUCCAGUACUGCCCCUGUAAUAAGUACAACGCCCAGCCCGUGGGGAACUGGUCGGACUGCAUCCUGCCUGAGGGUGGGCGCGUGGAGGGCCAGCCGGGCAUGAAGAUCCAGGGGGACAUCAAGGAGUGUGGCCAGGGCUACCGCUACCAGGCCAUGGUGUGUUACGACCAGGACAACAGACUGGUGGAGACGUCACGGUGCAACAGCCACGGGUAUAUUGAGGAGGCUUGCAUCAUCCCCUGUCCGUCUGACUGUAAACUCAGUGAGUGGUCCAACUGGUCACGAUGCAGCAAGUCUUGCGGCAGCGGGGUCAAAGUACGUUCCAAGUGGCUGAGGGAGAAGCCUUACAACGGUGGUAGACCGUGCCCCAAACUCGACCACGUCAACCAGGCUCAGGUGUAUGAGGUGGUGCCGUGUCUCAGUGACUGUGGUCAAUACGUGUGGGUAGCUGAACCCUGGAGUGUCUGGAAGGUCAGCAAUGUGGACCUGAAGGAGAACUGUGGAGAAGGAGUGCAGACGAGAAAAGUCAGGUGUAUGCAGAACACUAUGGAUGGGCCGUCGGACUCUGUGGAGGACUACCUGUGUGACCCAGAGGAGAUGCCACUAGGGGCCAGAGACAGCCAGCUGCCCUGCCCUGAGGACUGUGUCCUGUCUGACUGGAGGGCCUGGAGCCGCUGCUCACUGCCAUGCAACAAAAUCAGCACUCGGGAGAGGACGGCAUACCUCAUCCGUCAACCUGGAGAGGGAAAGCUGUGCCCCAACACCACGGAGACCGAGCCCUGCAGCCUCAACAGCAACUGCUAUCACUACUCCUAUAACAUCACCGACUGGAGCACCUGUCAGCUCAGUGAGAGAGCUGUGUGUGGUAGUGGCAUAAAGACGCGCAUGCUGGACUGUGUACGAAGUGACGGCAAGUCUGUGGACCUCAAGUUCUGUGAAGAGCUGGGUCUGGAUAGGAAGUGGCAGAUGAACGCUUCCUGUGUGGUGGAGUGUCCCGUCAACUGCCAGCUAUCUGAUUGGUCACCUUGGUCCGAGUGCACACAAACCUGUGGACUAGCAGGGAAGCUGUGGCGCAGGAGAACGAUGCUCCAGGUGCCCCAGGGUGAUGGGCGACCCUGCCCCCAUCAGAGGGAACAGUGGAAGCCUUGCCCUGUCAGACCCUGCUACCAAUGGAGAUACAGCCCCUGGUCAGAGUGCAAGUCUGAGGGUGCGAGGUGCGGAGAAGGGCUGCGGUUCCGUAACGUGUCUUGCUUUGUGUCGGACGGUUCUGGCCAGGAAGAGGGCAGCCUGGUGGAUGAUGAGCUGUGUGGAAACCUGGAGCCCUCGGUAGACGGAGACAAACGGGUCACCCUGGAAGAACCCUGCACCUCGCCCUGUCCAGGUGACUGCUACCUGACUGACUGGACAGUGUGGAGCCCGUGCCAGCUGAGCUGUGUCAGUGGAGAUGACCUGGGUUUCGGCUCAGUGCAGGUCAGAUCCAGAGCCGUGCUGGCCCAGGAGCCAGAGAACCUACUGCAGUGUCCAGAACAGGAGUGGGAAGCCCGGCCCUGCACUGAGGGCCAGUGCUAUGAGUACAAGUGGAUGACAGGAGAGUGGAGAAGCUCCUCUCGACUGGUCUGGUGUCAGAGAUCUGAUGGAUUAAAUGUCACAGGUGGCUGCCCUAUGACGGCCCAACCCGUGGCAGACCGAUCAUGUGACCCAGCCUGCAACAAACCACGCUCCUUCUGCACAGAGGCAGGUGUGUGUGGCUGUGAGGAGCGCUACACGGAGGUAAUGACUUCAGACGGCCUGCUGGACCAGUGUACGGUGAUCCCUGUGUUAGAGAUCCCCACGGCAGGGGACAACAGGGCUGAUGUGAAGACCAUCAGGGCGGUCAGCCCUACACAGCCCUCCAACAGCCUGCCUGGCCGAGCUGGACGCACCUGGUUCCUACAGCCCUUUGGACCAGAUGGUAAACUGAAGACAUGGGUCUACGGUGUUGCAGCCGGAGCUUUUGUUCUCCUCGUAUUUAUAGUCUCCAUGACCUUCCUAGCCUGUAAAAAGCCAAAGAAACCCCAGAGAAGACAGAUGUAUAACAACCGGCUCAAGCCCCUGACCCUGGCCUAUGACGGAGACGCUGACAUGUGAACCUCCUCCUAAUCUACCUGUGGCAGAAUCAUUUUACACUGACGUUAUGGAGACUGUCAUCGUGGGAACAGACAGGCAGGUUGUCAAGGAGACCCAUCUUUGACCUUUCUCCUCAGGCUACCAGUGGGCGUGGCUUAAAACAUCUGGAGCUCUAGGAAGACUUGGGUUAUGUCACGGAUUUAUCAACAACAACUAAAAAAGCAAAGAAGUCAAACAGAAAUCGAGUCAUGUUCGUUCAUUAGUAGCCUAGAAUUUUCCUUCCUCAAUAUUUUUUAUUUAUUACAUUUUUGUUUCACAAGAGCCUUCACAAACUCUAUCUUCUUCUUCAGGAAGUCUGCCUUUGCUUAUCUGCCAUUCACUACUUUUUCUGUCAAAUAAAAACAUCUUUCAAGAUGAAGGUUGUUGGAGAGGGCCCUGAAAAAACAAAGAGUUCUUCCUUCUUGGCUACAGCUGCUCUGUUGGAAAUUAGAUGAGAAAUACGCAAUGCUUUUUUUAUUAUUCCUGGAGAAAAUUGCUGCCUCUCUAUUUUUCUUCUGGACUGGAUCCUUUUCCCUAGAAAACAAAACAAAGUGAAAAUGUCCUAAUCUUACAGAAACACUGUCAACCUUUGUAGGAAAUCUCUGCCUGCCUCUCCCUUUCUCUUCCGUUUCAGGCUCAAUAUUGCACUAUAUUAGUGCAGCAUGAUAUGUUCUUAUGUCUAGGAAGCUGCCUCUCUCAAUGCAAGAUGAUGUACAGUCUUGUGCUAGAAAUGUAAAAAAAAAAAAAAAAAAGUAGACCUUUUUUCAAAAACAAAUGUUGCUUCUUUUACCUUACCUUGUAUGUGAUAUGAUAAUAGGGCGGACGAUGCCAUGUAAAUAUAAUUGAUUUACCUUCGUAGUAUGUACAGCUGCAUUUUACCGACACUGGUUCAAAUUGGAUCUGUUUUCAACUGCGCUUGAUUGCGCUUGCCUGGCACAAUGGAACCAUUGGAAUUGUCCCAGAAGUGCAAACCCUGCCCAUCUGCCACUCCAGGCCAGGCUCAAUUAAAUGCAGAAAGUAUUAUAAAGAAUACAAAUGCUAUUUGAACCCAGGUCUGAACAUGUCUCAUUCUCUACCUGCCUGACUUUAUGUUUGUCCACUGUUGGUUUCUCUGACUGCCUGAUCUUAUGUUUGUCUCCUGUUGGUUUCUCUGCCUGCCUGACUUUAUGUUUGUCCCCUGUUGGUUUCUCUGACUGCCUGAUCUUAUGUUUGUCUCCUGUUGGUUUCUCUGACUGCCUGAUCUUAUGUUUGUCUCCUGUUGGUUUCUCUGACUGCCUGACUUUAUGUUUGUCUCCUGUUGGUUUCUCUGACUGCCUGAUCUUAUGUUUGUCUCCUGUUGGUUUCUCUGACUGCCUGAUCUUAUGUUUGUCUCCUGUUGGUUUCUCUGACUGCCUGAUCUUAUGUUUGUCUCCUGUUGGUUUCUCUGACUGCCUGAUCUUAUGUUUGUCUCCUGUUGGUUUCUCUGACUGCCUGACUUUAUGUUUGUCUCCUGUUGGUUUCUCUGACUGCCUGAUCUUAUGUUUGUCUCCUGUUGGUUUCUCUGACUGCCUGACUUUAUGUUUGUCCCCUGUUGGUUUCUCUGACUGCCUGAUCUUAUGUUUGUCUCCUGUUGGUUUCUCUGACUGCCUGAUCUUAUGUUUGUCUCCUGUUGGUUUCUCUGACUGCCUGACUUUAUGUUUGUCUCCUGUUGGUUUCUCUGACUGCCUGAUCUUAUGUUUGUCUCCUGUUGGUUUCUCUGACUGCCUGACUUUAUGUUUGUCCCCUGUUGGUUUCUCUGACUGCCUGAUCUUAUGUUUGUCCCCUGUUGGUUUCUCUGACUGCCUGAUCUUAUGUUUGUCUCCUGUUGGUUUCUCUGACUGCCUGAUCUUAUGUUUGUCUCCUGUUGGUUUCUCUGACUGCCUGAUCUUAUGUUUGUCUCCUGUUGGUUUCUCUGCCUGCCUGACUUUAUGUUUGUCUCCUGUUGGUUUCUCUGACUGCCUGAUCUUAUGUUUGUCCCCUGUUGGUUUCUCUGACUGCCUGAUCUUAUGUUUGUCUCCUGUUGGUUUCUCUGACUGCCUGAUCUUAUGUUUGUCUCCUGUUGGUUUCUCUGACUGCCUGAUCUUAUGUUUGUCUCCUGUUGGUUUCUCUGACUGCCUGAUCUUAUGUUUGUCUCCUGUUGGUUUCUCUGACUGCCUGAUCUUAUGUUUGUCCCCUGUUGGUUUCUCUGACUGCCUGAUCUUAUGUUUGUCCCCUGUUGGUUUCUCUGACUUGCUUUGAUGGCUUAUGAUGGUUAGUCAUUGUUUUUCCAUUUCAUUUAGUAACGUUAUUCAACAUCUCAAAGACCUGAAUUCCAUCAAACGUGCACUGCAGGGAAUCCCGAUUACACAUGGCAGAAAAAUCACAUGGCUCUCGUACCGAAAAAAAAUAGCUAAUUCAAAGAACUGUUUCAGGUUUGUUGAGAGAAAUUCAGCAACAAUUCUAUUUGAUGAUGUUAUUGAAAAGGUUUAUUGUCACAGAACAAAGACGAUGUGAUUUAUAUCCCCUUUGCAAGUUUAAUAGAAUCUGGUCUUUGUUGUUAAGACAGAAAGGUGUGACUGGGUUCACAAAUUCUUCUUUACCUUCUGAUUCACCAGAAGAGAGUGGGUUCUCUUUAUAUCUUGGUCUCAUAUCUACUGCUGUGUAACAUCCUCAAUCCUAACCAGAACAGCCUACUUGUAUCCAAACUGCUUAGGCGUAUUGCUAUAUACAUAUCAUACGUGAUCUCUCAAUACUGCUCCUAUUCAGUGUGGCUGUUGCAUCGGUUGAGGGAUGAGUGUGACUACAAUCUCUACAAUAAUCACUCACACACAUUUAUGCUUCAUUCUUUCUCCCUGCCUUGGUGCUAUUCUAUAAUGUGUUCUGUAUUGCAGAAGCUAGAUAGAACGCAACCUAGGUAGCCACAAUAACACUCCAAGUAAUUCAAAGGAACAGAUGCAGCAAGGCCUUAGAUGUAGUUCAAGCUUUUCAUGCUAAUGAUGCAAUGACAUAUCCGAAGAGUCAGAGUCCUUUGCCUGAAAACAGGUUAUAUGCAUAAUAUUGGCUAUGGCAGACUGGCAGUUGAUAGUGCAGACUGUUUAUUCAAUGUUGUAGAUGGACAAACCUCAUGUAAAGUAAAUUAAUCAGUCACAGCCAUACUAUUCUCCAAGGGGAUUGAAUUGUGGUGGUAGAGACAGACGGACAUUUGUUUGUUGACAGGUGGUCAAAGGAAUGUUUACUUUUUUUCAAUUAACUUUCUUAAAUUAUGAGUUGUAAUAAAUGGGUGCAUUAUG